UUAAAAAUUCGAAUGAGCCAAUAGGAUUCUUCCAUUAAUUGUAAUUGAUUAUUAAAUGUAUUCGUAGGUUUAGUGAAACAGAUCAGUUCAGUUUCGGUCGUUGUUUUGAAGGGAUUAGACGUAACCUGCCGUAUUAAUGCAUACGGAAACGCCAAAUAUAUUACCCAGUAAAUUGAGUAAUGAACAAAUGCCGAAAUAUAGUGUAGAUCAUCAACGUGUUAGAUAUCCCUUCUGCAUUGUUUGGACCCCAAUUCCUCUUCUAACAUGGUUUUUUCCAUUUAUUGGUCACAUGGGAAUUGGUAUGUCGUCUGGAGUCAUACGUGAUUUUGCUGGACCUUAUUUUGUAUCGGAAGAUAACAUGGCUUUUGGGAAACCAACAAAAUAUUGGCAAUUAAAUCCAGAUCUUGCACAGAAUGGAUAUCACGGAUGGGAUCGAGCAGUUUCGGAAGCGUCGGAGGAAUAUAAACAUAGAAUGCAUAAUUUGUUUUGCGACAACUGUCAUUCGCACGUCGGAAUGGCAUUAAACUUAAUGCGUUACAACGACUGCAGUUCUUGGAAUAUGGUCAAAUUAUGCUUUUAUAUUUUAAUUAAUGGUAAAUAUGUUAGCAUUUGGGGAUUUCUUAAAACAUGGAUGCCGUUCCUGGUGGUCGUUUGCAUUGUACUGAUCAUAUUCUUGGCCAUAAAUUAUUAAAAACCAAGGUCGUUCGGACUUCCGAAGUUUGAUCUUGAACACUUCAAGUAUUUUACUUUUAAUUACAUUCUGUUUUCGUCUGUAAAUAUUUAUUUAUAAAUAUAUAAAGUCGAAGUUUAUUUACAGUAAUUGGGAUGAUUUUUUUUUGUUGUUUUAUAAUUAAGAAUGUGUCUGUGCCACAGAUUAUAUACAUGUAAACAUUUAUAAGAGUUUUUAUAAAAAAUAAAUAUAAAUUGUGUAAGAUACAUUCUGGUCUAUGUUAGAGCAAAAUGAAAUUGUAUACAUAACAAUAAAUUGUUAAUUUAAAAUUUA